AUGGCAGUGAAGUGCACCGUCGUUGAAGAUUCUUCAAAUCGGACCUAUGCAUUUUAUUUUCAAGUGAAUCAACAGGUUCCACAUCGCAUUGAUGGAAUUGACUUGUCAACUUACGUGAAGUUAAAACAUUCGAUGGACUUUAGUCUCGAAUUCAUUACCGAUCUCUUGAAAAAAAACAUUCUCCUAAAUUUAGAGGAAAAAAUAGAUGUACUUUGGAAGUCAGCCGAUAGCAUCGAUUUGAUUGAAACUACAUCAGCAUUUUCACAGGAAUGUGAACUAGGUCGAAUGAACCCUUCUCCACCGCAACCAGGGUCAACGCAAUUAACACCAGCCUCUCGACAACCCACAGCUAAGGCUGUGAAGGGUCUUCAAGCUGAUUUAAAAAAAUUAUUGAAACCCGACGUGAAGAGGCAAAAAGGAAAAAAAAGUCAAGUCUGGUGUUUUUUCAUCAAAACUCUUACCGGGGGUACUUGUAAACUGUGCGGAGUAGCCGUGAAGGCAAGUGGCAAUACAACCAAUUUAACGAAUCAUAUAAUCCGACGUCAUCAUGAUUCAGGGCGGAGCCAGUCCUUGUUACCGCGUUCGAUCAGAACUCCGAUUAUCGAAUGUUAUUCAAAGGAUCAGAACGAUGACCCCGAUAAUCCCGAAGAAUUACAAAUUGUCUCAGGGAACAAUAAACCAACUGAAAUAUCCAUCGCAGGGAAUUCACGUGAGUUACCCGUUACUUUGAAAAGACUACAGCUCGAAGAUCAUCAGUUAUCCGAAGCUAUAACAUCCGUACAGCCCAGAAUCGAUAAUGCUGUAUCGAAAAUGUCAUCAUUUCGAGAUGGAGGAACCGCUGCAUUAACAACAACAAACACACUGCUCUUCAUGAUCGUAAACCUUUAA